UUCCCGCCUCCCAGCGGCGUGUUUCUCUUUCCGGGGAUUCCCAAUAUCCUGGCGGGUGGACUCGGCUUCUUCAGUCAGCGCCUGGCCGCGGCGUACCGGGUUCUCCAGUCCUUCGUGCCGCAGGACCCCAGCUUCCCGGGCCGCUGCUCUGGCCGGUUCGCCUCUGCCGUCAACAGACCCAUGGCCGAACGUGGGGAACUCGAUUUGACCGGCGCCAAACAGAACACCGGAGUGUGGCUCGUCAAGGUUCCUAAAUAUUUGUCCCAGCAAUGGGCUAAAGCCCCUGGAAGAGGUGAAGUUGGGAAACUGCGGAUUGCUAAGAAUCAAGGAAGGACUGAGGUGUCAUUUACUUUGAAUGAGGAUCUUGCAAAUAUUCACGAUAUUGGCGGAAAACCAGCUUCUGUCAGCACCCCUAGAGAACAUCCAUUUGUCUUACAAAGUGUUGGAGGACAGACAUUAACAGUCUUUACUGAGAGCUCAUCAGAUAAACUUUCAUUGGAAGGAAUAGUCGUACAAAGAGCUGAAUGCCGACCUGCUGCCAGUGAAAACUACAUGAGAUUAAAGAGAUUGCAAAUAGAAGAAUCUUCCAAACCUGUAAGGCUAUCACAGCAACUGGACAAAGUGGUGACAACUAAUUAUAAGCCUGUUGCUAAUCAUCAAUACAAUAUUGAAUAUGAAAGGAAAAAGAAAGAAGAUGGAAAACGAGCUCGAGCUGAUAAACAACACGUUUUAGACAUGCUAUUUUCAGCAUUUGAGAAACAUCAGUAUUACAAUCUUAAGGACUUGGUGGACAUCACAAAACAACCUGUGGGCUACCUAAAGGAAAUCUUAAAAGAAAUUGGUGUGCAGAACGUAAAAGGAACCCACAAAAACACAUGGGAGCUGAAGCCAGAGUAUAGACAUUAUCAAGGAGAAGAAAAGAGUGAUUAAGAAGACUUUCAACCAGCAUGCUAACAGAACAACUAAAGGGUGAUGUGCUAAGGAAACACCAUUGAUGCUCAAAUACUUGAGGUCCAUCUGUUAUAGGGGUAAAAUGACUGGAACUGUAAUUUCCCUAUGUAAAAUUUUUAAACAAUAAUUCUUGUAAAGUUACUUAAGUGUUUUUUGACGAACGAAAUUAUUUAUAGGCUUGUAUUAAACUAGAUUAUUCAGGAGCGGGUGUGGGAUUGGGGCGGUUAAUAAGGUUUUUCUCUUUAAAUAUAGACUUUUAAAAUGUAAAAUUAGGAAAUGAUUUCUCAAUAAGGACUCUCUGUCCUUGUCUUAUGUCUGAGGAGCUGAGGUAGUGCAAAUCCAAAGUGAAUGGCAAAGCAAGAAAAAAGUCAACUACAGAAAGUCUUCAAAGCAAUAAAAAACCAAAGUUCCUUUUUCUGAAA